AUGGCAGCAGAAACCAUCAGAGUGCCCACAGAUAUCCCCAGCUCCGGAGCAGGGGGACUUCCGCCAUGGCAGGCUCUCAGCCCACCCCAGCCUGGCCAGACAAGUCCAGCCCUGAAGGGGACCCCGUCUAAGCUCCUGCCUCCAAGCUGGCGCCACAAGGAGGCCCAGAAGAGGCGUCACCUUCUCAAGGAGCUGGGGGCCUCCCACGUCAUCCUGGCUCUGCUGCACCUGCUCCUUGGGGCUUACCUGGCCUCUGAGGUCAAAGGCCUUCACCUGGUGGCAUUGAAGUCUUGGUAUCCCAUCUGGGGAGCCGCCUCUUUUCUCAUUUCAGGGAUCCUGGCAAUAGUGGUGGUGACAUUUGCAAAACCGUCCCUGAAAGGCUUGUGCCUGACAAUGAACCUCAUGAACUUCUUCGUGGUGCUGGCCGGCCUCUAUGUCAUCAUCAAGGACCUCUUUCUGGAGAGUCCGUUUCAGACCCCAAUCUGGAGAACUUAUCCCAACUCCAUGGUCCACAUCCAGAGGCUGGAGCUGGCCUUGCUGUGCUUCACCUGCCUUGAACUCUUCCUGCCGGGGCCCACGGCCGUGGUGGCCUGGAGACUGAGCCACCUGUCUGCAGAGAGUGACGACACGUCCCUUGUUCCUGAUUCGCCAUUGGAACUCGGUGGUCUGUCGCUGGAGCCCCCACCCUCCUACAAAAAUGUGAUUCAAGGCAACAUGGAAGAUGAGCAAAAGCAGAGGUGAGUUCAGGCCCCCCAGCCCCUUUCCCCUGACACAGAUACAAAUCCCUUCCUCAUGCUUGCUCUGCUCCAGAACCCUGGCUUCCUGGAAGUCACCCAGGGACCCCAGGCGCACACCUGCCUCUGA